GGCACUUUCUCUUCUUCUCCCUCCAAAUUUUCUUGCAUUUUCUCAGCAAGCAGUAACUCCAAUUGGCCCCAAAACCCAUCUGUCUGAAUCUUGCGAAAGUAAUAGCAACGAUUACAAUAAAGACAAAAUAACAUAUAUAAUACUAAUAUUCAUGAAUGCAUUGAAGAAGGCACAGUGAGAAAAAGAGAAAGAGAAAAAAGAGAACUUGAGGAAAAAAAAAAAAGGGUUUCAGGCAUGGCUUCACGUGACAUCUUCCUCGACUAAGAACUUCGAGAAAAGAUACUCUCAAAGUGAGAGAGAAAAUGCCCGAAAAUUUUCACUUGACCAUUAAUGCUCCUUCUCCUCCUCAUGCUCACAACCAGACCAUUUCCUUCCGCCAUUUCUUUCUUCUUCUUCUUCCAAUUUCAAAGUAAAGAAGCUCUUUUUUCUUUCUUUUUUUGCUUCGAUCGAGAUACUUUAGCAAAUGGGGCAGAUCUGGAAAGUGACUAAUAAUGGAAAGUGAUGGCUGAUAAGAGAUUCAUGGGAUGCUUUUUAUGGAAAAAUCGAUUCGACCAGUAUAUAUCAUUUCUGAUUUCUUCAUGACCUGGAAUAGUCACUCUCCGGUUUAGUCGUCGUUAAUCUCUUAUUACAUCAACAAUGGCCUCUUCUUCUUCUACUUCUCCGGUUACAUUGUUCCUAGUCUUUGCUUCUACAGUAUUCUUCUGUUUGGUUUCUCCGGCGAGAUCCGGCGACGUCGAAGCUCUACUGAGAUUGAAAUCCUUAAUCGAUCCAUCCGACUCGAUUUCAUGGCGAGGAACAGAUCUAUGCAGCUGGGAAGGAGUGAGAGAAUGUAUGAACGGAAGAGUAUCGAAGCUUGUUCUCGAGUAUUUGAAUCUCACUGGCUCACUCGAAGAGAAGACCUUGAACCAAUUGGACCAACUUAGGGUUCUUAGUUUCAAAGCCAACUCUCUCUCCGGCUCAAUCCCUGAUCUCUCAGGCUUGGUCAAUCUCAAAUCGGUUUUUCUCAACGACAACAACUUCUCCGGCGAGUUCCCGGAGUCUCUCACGUCACUUCACCGAUUGAAAACCAUCGUCCUCGCCGGAAACCGAUUAUCCGGCAGGAUCCCGAGCUCGCUGCUCCGUCUCUCUCGCCUUUACACGCUCAAUGUUGAGGACAAUCUCUUCACCGGCUCCAUACCUCCUCUUAACCAGACGAGUCUCAGAUACUUCAAUGUCUCCAACAAUCAGCUCUCCGGCCAAAUCCCACCCACACGAGCUCUGAAGCAGUUCGACGAGUCUUCGUUCACCGGAAACGUCGCUCUUUGCGGCGAUCAGAUCCGAAGCCCAUGCGGAAUCUCACCUGCGCCGUCGGCGAAACCAACACCUAUACCCAAGUCGAAGAAAAACAAAGCGAAGCUGAUCGGAAUCAUCGCCGGAAGCGUCGCCGGCGGAGUCCUGAUCUUCGUCCUUCUGCUGACGCUUCUUAUCUGCUGCUGGCGACGGAAGCGACGGAGCAAAACUCCUACGGAAGAUAGAAAAGGCAAAGGAAUAGCGGAAGCACAAGGAGCAACAUCUGCGGAGACAGAGAGAGGCAUUGAGAGUAAAGACAGAGGAUUCUCAUGGGAAAGAGGCGAAGAAGGAGCAGUAGGGACUCUGGUUUUCCUCGGAACCAGCGAUUCAGGCGAGACGGUGGUGAGAUACACCAUGGAAGACCUGCUUAAAGCUUCGGCAGAGACGCUGGGAAGAGGAACGUUGGGGAGCACGUACAAGGCUGUGAUGGAGUCUGGGUUCAUCGUCACCGUAAAGAGGCUCAAGAACGCGAGGUAUCCUCGCAUGGAGGAAUUCAAGAGACAUGUUGAGAUCCUUGGACAGCUCAGACACCCAAACCUCGUGCCUCUAAGAGCUUAUUUCCAGGCCAAAGAAGAGCGCUUGCUCGUCUAUGAUUACUUCCCCAAUGGCAGUCUCUUCACUCUUAUCCACGGAACUAGAGCUUCUGGAAGUGGGAAGCCUCUGCAUUGGACUUCAUGCCUGAAAAUAGCUGAGGACUUGGCCUCAGCUCUGCUCUACAUUCAUCAGAAUCCUGGCCUAACUCAUGGGAACUUGAAAUCGUCCAAUGUCUUGUUAGGUCCUGAUUUCGAGUCCUGCCUCACGGAUUACGGCCUCAGCACUCUCCAUGAUCCUGACUCCGCUGAAGAAACAAGUGCAGUCUCGCUCUUUUACAAAGCUCCAGAGUGUAGAGACCCACGCAAAGCCUCUACACAACCCGCUGAUGUUUAUAGCUUUGGGGUCCUUCUUCUUGAGCUUCUAACAGGUAGAACACCAUUCCAGGACCUUGUUCAAGAAUACGGAUCAGAUAUCUCUAGAUGGGUACGUGCAGUGAGAGAAGAAGAAACUGAAUCAGGCGAGGAACCGACAUCUUCAGGCAACGAAGCAUCAGAGGAGAAACUUCAGGCACUUUUAAGUAUCGCAACUGUUUGCGUGACCAUUCAACCUGAAAACCGGCCUGUAAUGAGAGAGGUGUUGAAGAUGGUGAGGGAUGCUAGGGCCGAAGCACCGUUCUCGUCUAACAGUAGCGAACAUUCUCCAGGGAGAUGGUCGGACACUGUUCAGAGCUUGCCAAGAGAAGAUCAAGUGAGCAUAUAGAGAACAAUGGGGCUGGGCAUUUCUUCAUUGCAUUCCUAGAAUUACUCUUGUGAUUCUUGAAGUAGGGUUCAAAGUGUAAAGCUUCUUCUUCUUUUUUGUAACGCCAUUUUGAUUCAUCCACCUGUAGGACUUUCAUAAGAUCUGUUGAAUUUGUUAAAUUUGAG